AUGGCACGUGUCUUGGGUAAUACCACCACGACUGUGCGCGCAGCUGAUGCAGCACCCUCUAAACUGUUGGAUAGCUUUCCGAUGGACUACCUCGCCUCUGUAGGUGCUUCUGCCAUGGGAUUGUCACGGCGGUUAGCGUACUACGUGGCGAGCAAAAACGAGAUACUGGCCAAGCCCCGACUCCGCAUACCCACAGCCGUCCGCUGCGUGGUCGUCGUUGAGAUGGCCACUCCACAAGUGAUGUGCAUCCACUGCACGAAAGCACAAUCCUCCGUCGACGCAGCCAACGUGAUCAUCAGCAGCGAGGGUGUCACCGUGCUAAUGGAUAUUCGGGGUAUGGCCUUCGCCGGUAUCGGCGGUGAAUCGCUGUUGCGAAAAAGUACAUCUGGCCUGGUGCACCAAUUCAACUGGCCGCCCGCCGCGCUGUUUGAGCCGCUGGAAUUCGCCCACAUCACCUCCCUGGCACCCAAUCCCACCAAUACCAAACAUGCCUCCGACUUGCCAUUGACAACUCAUUUAUCUCUGGCGGCCGUCUACCUCCAUCAAGUGACCGAUCAAAUCUUCUCGACUGCUGCCAGCACCUGCAAUGGCCUCUUGUCAGCAGUCCAGGUUAUUAUAUCCUUCUCGAAUCCACACACCGUGUGCCUCUCCGUUCUCACCUCCAAAACCAAUCUAGCCCACAGUGCCCUCACUGGCCUCGGUCAGAUUGUACGCACCGAACACCCCGAGAUCUGGGGUAGUCUGAUUGACCUCGAAGAUCCCUGA